AAAUAAUCCAAUGAAAAAUAAUGAACGAACUAAUAUAAUACCAUAUCAAUACCAUAAACAAUUAAACCAAAUUGUACACUUUCAAUGUUUUACUUAAUCUUACAACAAUUCCAAUAUCCAAUAUUCACCGUUGUAUAGGCUGUAAUCUAUUAAUUGUUGAAGAAAGAAGAAGAAUUUGUCGCUUUUGAUAUUAAUUUGACAAUAAAUAUUUUGUAAGUAAAUAAAUUAUCUAAUAUAGUUUUUAACUAGAUUUUAUGAGAUAGCAUGUCCAUACAAGAAAUCCAAAUAGAUAGAAUUUGUAGAACCUGUCUAUCAGAAAGUAACGCAAUGAAGUCUAUGUUUACUCUUGAUGAUUCCACAGGUGAAUCUUUACCACUGUUUCGAAUGCUGAUGGCUUUUACUUCAGUGCAGAUUAUGUCGAAUGAUGACCUACCCAGUCAAGUGUGCCUACAAUGCGUUCAUUAUAUAACUCGUUCAUUUUCUUUUAAACAACUAUGCGAAAGAUCUGAAUCUACCCUUAGAGAAAUGUUAAAUCUCCAGUUGAAACAAGAGUUAUUGGAAUUGAAACCUCCCACGUCAAAUAAUACAGUUAUUACUCGCACUGAUCACCUAAUACAAAACUCAUCCCCACAAUCGCCAGAAGUGAUCUGUUCAAAUUCUAUUACUCAAAGUAUGGGGGUGGAUGAAAUUAUAUCUCCGAAUUGUGGUGAUAGUAAUAAAAAUAUGGAAUCGGUCCAAACUUACUUCAAAAGUGUAAAGAAAGAAUUUGGAGAAUGUUUAGAUAUAAAAGACAGUGUUUCACAUGAUAGAUUAACAAAUUUAAAUCAUGUGGAUUUUCCUGAUGAAAUACUGACUGACACAGGACAAGUAUUUGAAACUAAUGAUGAGGAUAUAGAGACUAGUGAUGGAAAAAAUAACCUAAUAGAUGAAACUGAAGAACCUAUAUUUCCUUGUGAAGAAUGUCCACUUUGCUUUACUGCUGAUGUUGAUCUAAAAAUUCAUAUGAAAACCCAUCUCAAACCAACACAACAUGUUUGUAAAAUUUGCAAACAACUAUUUUCAAGUGCAAGUACUUUAUGUCGCCACAUGAAGACUCACAGUGGAACUAAGAAACAUAUUUGUAGUGAAUGUGGCAAAGGUUUCACUAGGUCUGAUGAUCUCACAAGACAUGUCAGGAUUCAUACAGGUGAAAAACCAUUUAAAUGUGAUCAAUGCGGGAAACGUUUUGCACAAUCUUUCAGACUAUUGGAACACACAAGAGCGCAUGCUAAUGAAAAAGGUUUCAUAUGUUACAUAUGUGGAAAAACAUUUUCUAGGUACACAAGCUUAGCGGCUCAUACAAAGACUCAUAAUGGAAAAAAGAACUGUGUGUGUUCUAUUUGUGGUAAAGGAUUGUGUGGUACUGGAUCUUUAGCGAUACAUAUGAAAAGUCAUACAGGGGUGAGAGAUCACAUUUGUUCUUAUUGUGGAAAACAAUUCACUACUACUAGUAACCUUGCCAUUCACAAAAGGGUACAUACAGGGGAAAAACCAUAUGCUUGUCAAGUUUGUAAUAAAAGUUUCGCUGAUCGUUCCCGGCUGACUGUACACUCGAGAUUACACAGUGGAGAGAAACCUUACGUCUGUCCUACCUGUAAUAGAGGUUGUAUAACAUCUUCUCAACUUACAAGGCACAUGAGAGUACAUACAGGUGAAAGGCCUUAUCAGUGUCAAAUAUGUUUCAAGUCGUUUAUCAGAAGUUCAGAUUUAAAUGUACAUAUUAAAACUCAUAUUGGUGAUCGUAGUUAUGUGUGUACCUUUUGCAAUAAAGGAUUUUUCCAAUCGUCAACACUUAAAGUUCAUAUGAGAAUACAUACCGGAGAAAAACCAUAUGAAUGUAAAAUCUGUGAUAAAUCUUUCUCACAAACCGGACCUCUUUCUAUGCACAUGAUGAAAAUUCACGGAUAGUCAAAGUAGAUGUUGAAAUUGAAAUUAUAAUAAUUUUAUUUGG